AUGGGGUUUGAGUUUCCAUCAGCUGUUCAUAGCACUUUGCCACAUUUUAUGUCCAGUUUUCCUGCUAGAAUUUCUGGGGGUCCAUAUGAUGCCUCUAUUGUUGAUGAAGUCACUCAUAGACCAAGACCAAAAAUCAGAAAUGAGUUGAUUGGUGACGAUAGAACCCACCUCACUUUGAAAGCCAAGGCAAUGAAUGAUUUAGAAGUGUUAGAAAAGGAGUAUUCUCUAGGCGAGAAAAAUAGGAAAAUUCUGAAUAUUUUAUCCAAAGAUUGGGAGAGUAAAGUGACUGCCAUUGAAGAAGUUAGAGAUCUAAAUUCCAUCCCUAUUGAAUCACUUGUUAAUUCUCUAACUUCUUAUGAGGUGAAACUCAAGUCCAAGAUACAGGAGGAAGAAGAUGCAAAGGUGAGAAAGAGCAUUGCUCUAAAAGCCUCGCAUGAUGAAGAUGACUCAGCUUCCUUGGAUAGAGAUGAUGUGAAAAUUGAUGACAGUGUUCAAGAAGGACUAAAAAAGCUCACAAUCAAUGAUCAAGACACUGCUUCACCAGAAAAUGACUCAAAAGAAGAUGAUUCUCAAGACAGUUCAGCACAGGAAGACAAUGACAAAGAUGUUAGUACACCUAACGAUCUUCCAAAAGUCUGGAAAUUUGUUCAAAACCAUCCUAAAGAGCUCAUCAUUGAGGAGAGUCUGUCAGUGCCGAACGCACCUUCAGGCUUAGAGAUGAAGAGGAUGAAAACGUUCAGGUCAUCGAAUCUUCCACCAAAUCAAUCCAGAAAGAGAACUGGAACUCGUUGUGGAAAGACGAAACAGUCUGCAAAGAAGAAACAGAAUGUUCAAACUGGUGAGCCAUCUGUUGAGCAGAUAGAGGAGCAUCACACUGAAGAGCAUCCAGUCAGUGAUAGUGAAGAAGAACUGGAGCACCCCACCAAUGCGGGUGCAUCCGUCACGAAAUCACUCACAAAUGUGACAGAAUCUCAUAGUAAAAGGGAAAAAGUGCCAACCGAUCAACGCAGUGGAAAGAGAAAGCGUUCUGCCAAAGAACAACCUGAGGCUCAAACUGCAGAGGAACCUGUCCCCUUACCCAAGUUCAUUGAUGAUGAUGGCAGAAGAGGUUUGAAAGGAUCUCGUAGAAAGCCACUGGACAAUGGAAAGGCUCCAGCAACUGAAGAAGAAACUGAAGAGGAUGAUGAUGAGGACACUGAAGAGGAAGAAGUGGAUCCUGAUCAGUUUCGCCUAACAAGGAGGAGAUCUGGAUCGUCCAAGAUUACUAUUUAG